CUUUCUCUCAUGAGGGUACCUGAAACAUUACACGUACGACUUAAUCAAAUCUUGUUUAGAAUCAUGACAUCCGGGGAAAACACGUUGUUUCCAGCUGCUGUUGCGACAAUUUUUGACAGUUGGACUGUACUUCAGUUAGCAGUCAACCAGGGCUUCGGUGGUGCAGAGAGUAGAGAGAAGGCAGAAUGGAUGAUCACGGCAGUGGAUCAGUGGUUCAGAGAAAACAAGGAUAUAGAGGUGUAUGAACUAGAUGAUUUUCUGGCUGACGUCAUGAAUACAGAGUUUGAUACUAUUGUUGAGGAUGGAAGUUUAUCACAGAUAUCAACUUUGAUAUGCAAAGUUUACAGACUGUGCUGUGAGGGCAAAGAAGAUGAAGUCAGAGAACAAGUAAGGUGCCUCCCUAAAGCUGCUGUCCAGAACUGUUCAAGAGUGGCUGGUAAUGAGGAGGAGGAGGAAGAUGAAGAGGUCAGAGGAGGAGGAUCAGGGGGAAGUAACUUAUCACAAGCCAGUUGUAAUGGAGGCUUAAAUAAUGGAACUGAUAACACUAGAUCCAAAGAAGGAAAAGAGGAAUCAAAAGAGGAAAAAAUGGAAACAGAAGAGGAGGAGGGUUGGACUACAGUGCAUCGUGGGAAACGAAGAUAGCAGAGACAUCAUUAUGUACUCUCUAUUAUAUUGUACAUAAAUAGGUGAAUAAAGUAAAUAGCAUAUAA